UAGCUCCACACAAUAACAGUUACAAUAAUAGCCAUAACGCUUCCUACGCAAGGCAGCCAAAGUGUAGGCGUGCUUGUUCCCGAAGUAGAACAGAAAGGUCAGAACGUCUAGUUUGGUCAGAUCAUCUGUACAAACUCUUGCAUGUGCAAAAUGAGUUCCGCCAGCGUCGCAGAAGUUCCCAUAUUAAAUGUUGUGCCUGGACGAAGCCAAACAAUAUGCCGAUAUUAUUUGCGAGGCAUUUGUCGAUUCGGUGACCUCUGUCGCUUCUCCCAUGACUUAACUCGAGGCCGACCCGAAGGUGAGCAGCGUGCCCCAAUCACAAAUACCAACACAAAUACAACAAACGAUGCCGACGCAGAUGCGGAUGCUGAUGCUGAUGUAUUGCCCAGCACGAGUCGUCGCAAUUGGGCAAAUGCGCCGAUAUUUGUGCCCGGCCAGAAGAGCUUUACAGCCCAAUGCCUGAACGAGGGGGACGAGGAUGAGGAUGAGGCUGCGGCUACUAGCAGCGCCGUUGUGCAGAGUGGAAUCUCAUGGGCGGAGAUUGUCGGUGGUCCGUCCACACAUGACAUUGACGUUGUAAUUAAACAUGGUGAGCCAAAUUCCUUGGAUCAGGUUUGUCCAUACGAAAGUCCCUGCCCCUAUGGCGAGUAUUGUCCCUAUCGCAUACACCUGGAGCUAUGCGAGAUGUGCGACCAAUACUGCCUGCAUCCAACGGACCAAGCUCAGCGUAAGAAACACAAUCGCGAGUGUUUGCAACAGCAUGAACAGGCAAUGGAGUUAUCCUUUGCGAUUGCCCAGUCCAAAGAUAAGACGUGCGGCAUAUGCUUCGACACCAUCAUGGAGAAAGCCGGACGAGAGAAGCGAUUUGGCAUUUUGCCCAACUGCAAUCAUAUAUUUUGCUUGGAAUGCAUCCGUACAUGGCGUCAGGCCAAACAGUUUGAACAUAAAAUUACGCGAGCUUGUCCUGAAUGUCGCGUGUGUUCCGACUUUGUCUGCCCCAGCGCCUUUUGGGUUGAAACUAAAGAGGAGAAGGAUAAGCUGCUAAAUGAUUAUCGUGCAGCCCUCGGUGCCAAGGAUUGCAAAUAUUUCAAAAAAGGCGAAGGAAAGUGUCCAUUUGGCAACAAGUGCUUUUACAAACACGCCCUACCCAACGGCGAGAUUGUGGAUGUUGGUUUGCCAAAACGAGCUCGAAAAUUGCAUAGCCAGAAUCAGAUUAUUGAUUUACUUGAUAUUUAUCUUUGGGAAUACGUCGAUCGGCGCGAUUAUCACUGGCUGGAAAUGUUUUCAAGUGAUAUUAGCGAAAGCUCCGAUUUCACGGAUGAAGAAUAAGAUUUUCGCGCCAAGAACAAUAAUAUCGGAGCAACUAUAAGUAACAUAUGCAUAACUAAAAGUUAGAAUCAAGAAAAGCAAAAAUAACAUAAACCUUACAAUGCUGAUAUAUAUAUAUAUAUAUAUAUUACUGCAUGAGAAAAUCAAAUGUGUAAUUAAAAGUAAGAGAUCAAUUAAGUACCAAAUUUUUGUUUACAUACGGAAAUAAAUAUAUAUAUUUUUUGCCCAACUUAACGCAACGAAAUCAACAGAACAUUUUCCGCAAUUGCAAAAAACUAAAUUGUAAAGAAAAAACCAAAAGAUGCGGUUAAAACUAAAUUUAAGAAAUUAAUAUU